GAAAUUUUUAAUUAAGUAUUAUGAAUUAAUUGACAAUCACCUAUGUAUGUUAUUUAAAAUCACUAAUUCAGAGCAAAUAUUAUUUUGAGUAUUGUAUUUUUUUCUUAUCUAAAAAUGUUUGCUGUCAUAAACAAGACAGACAUUCAAGAAGGCUUUGACAAAGUAAUUGUCCUUUGGAUUUCUAAAGCCUUCUUAUUCAAUUUGCUGUGAUGGGAGCCUAUCGCUACAUGGAGGAGCUGUACAGGAAGAAGCAAAGCGAUGUGAUGCGGUACCUGCUGCGCAUUCGCGCUUGGCAGUACCAUCUGGUGGCCAAGCUGCAUCGCGCACCCAGACCCACUCGCCCGGAUAAGGCCAGGCGUUUGGGAUACCGAGCCAAGCAAGGGUUCGUGAUCUACAGAGUACGUGUUCGCCGUGGUGGCCGCAAGCGUCCAGUGCCCAAAGGUUGCACUUACGGCAAGCCGAAGAGUCAUGGAGUGAACCAACUGAAGCCGUAUCGGGGACUGCAGUCCAUCGCUGAGGAACGGGUUGGCCGCAGGCUUGGUGGCCUAAGAGUUCUCAACUCGUAUUGGAUUGCGAAAGAUGCUGCUUUCAAGUAUUUUGAGGUAAUCUUGAUCGACGCCCAUCACGGAGCCAUUCGCCGUGAUCCGAAAAUCAACUGGACCUCAAAGCAUCGGGAAUUGCGCGGUCUAACUUCAGGUGGGAAGAGUUCCCGUGGCAUUGGCAAGGGAUACAGAUGUUCUAAGACCACUGGUGGAUCUAAACGCGCUGCCUGGAAGCGCAAGAACCGAGAGCAGAUGCCCAGGAAACGAUAAUUUGGAAAGCCCUUCUACUGUCGGUUGAAUAAACCAUGUCGUGCCUUAUAAUUCUCGACUGGCACGUUAACUAGAA